AUGUUCCAUCUGUCUAGAGGUACCGUACCGUCCAACAAUUUUAAGGUACCCACAGACGUCGACUUGAAAACUAUCAGCAACAAAGCUCCUGCAUUGGCUUUGCACUCCCAGAACGCCCGGAACCUCUUCAGGAGGGCACAAGGUCAAGAGGAGUCGACCAUUACUUAUACCGACCAAAGUGGAGCAAGGAUCGCUAGUGCGAAUCAAUUUGAGAAUGACACUCUGCAUGCUAUGAGAGUAAGUAUGCGAUAUGAGCGAGGACACUAUGGCCAGGAACGAGGGGAAUCUUCUGGUACACAACCGUCUUCGUCAAAUGGGAGAGAUUGGGCCUAA